CUGCAUGUUUGUUUUUGUCCCUACCACCUACGUGUAUAAAGAGCUGUGUUUGUUAUGGGCAUCAUGAGACAGGAAAUCUAUCACCUUAAAAGAAGCACUUGGCAUUAGGAGAGAAUAAUAUGGAAAGCAACAAAGAACCAUUAGUGACAUUUUAUUAAGAAGAUGAGAUAAAUAGUCUCUCGCAAACAAGUGGUAUUAUUUAACUAUCCAAGGAUUUGCUUUCCAAAACAAGCCUUCAUGAAUUGUUCAUUGUCCAGCAAAAUAAUGCCUGCUCUGCAGUCCUGACUUCUCCUCUAAAUAGAGCACAGAGUCUGUAGUCUCUGUGCCUGCGGGCUGUCCUACCACAUUACUAAUAAUAUUUAUGUCAAUGCUGUAAUAAAAAAUAUUUUAAAUAAGUAGAAAACAGCAAUGUUAAGACUGAGAAAGGAUAACGUGAGGACGCUUUAGUUCAGGAGACAGGAACAAAGGAACUCUGCCUGCCCUACAGAUUCCCCGUAGCUGUAGACGGGGCCUCACAGACACACUUGCACUCACUCAUGUUGGCAGAGAAAAACCUGGCAGAAAAAUACCCCAUUACUGCCUCAACUGCUCGUUCACCUGCUCAGAGACAGAAUUAUACCACCCUGUCCUAGCUGUUCUUCAAACACUGGUGGGCAUGCAUUGAUGCUCAGAUGUUUACCAGAACAAGGUUCCUUUUUCCCGUUUCACAUGACACAGGGUUUCCCAGGGGAAGUGACGGCUCCCUGGGGAUGCUGCCAGCUUUGCUACACCAUGCAAACGAGAUGGGGAUCCGUGAGGGGAGCAGCCAAAGGUGCGCGUGUGGGGAGGAAGCACUCGCUGUCUAGAACAGCCUUCCUUGAGAAUGGGUGGCUUACCCUGGUCGGAGGCCUCGGAGGAGGAGGAGGGGGGGGCAAUGCAAGCAUCUGGGGCUCCGUUGCCGCUCGGCUCCCACCAGAGACCACUGCUGCGUUGCCAUGGCAGUGGUGACGAAUUGGCAGCCGGAGCCAGCAUCGCCCAUCUCCCCCAGCCCCUGCGCGAUGAUGCUCUGGGAAAGACGCGCAGAAGGAGCUUUGCAUCCCGGUCCCCAUCUCCUUUUUACUUCGCCUUCGCCUUGCAGAGCUAAAGAAAGAGAGAAUUGCCUGUGCAGGCUCCCCAAGGAGAAACCCGUGCGGAGGCAGGGCCCGAGGAGCGGCGAGGGGCUCUGAUUUGGGCGCUUGCCCUGGCAGAGAUGGUCAAACUAUGAGCACCUGUCGGGGAGGAGCUGACUUGUGCGAGAAGAGGGUCACUUUUACAGCCUUGCUCUGUUGAUAAUGCUCGUAAGCCAGAGGUGAAAGUGUCUCAGCCGAGCAACACUGGGAAAUCUGGCAGACUGGAAGAGAACAGCUGCCCCCCAGGGCAGCUGCUGCGUGUGAAGCAUGGAGGAAAGUAAGAACGAGAAGGUGAACCAGGCUCAUGUUCUCUUCGACAGAUUUGUCCAGGCUUCAACAUGCAAGGGGACUCUCAAGGCUUUCCAGGAGCUCUGUGACUACCUAGAACUAAAGCCCAAGGACUAUCGUUCUUUCUAUCACAAACUCAAGUCCAAGCUAAAUUACUGGAAAGCCAAAGCCUUGUGGGCCAAAUUGGAUAAGAGGGGCAGCCAUAAGGACUAUAAGAAGGGGAAAGCAUGCGCCAACACAAAGUGUCUGAUAAUUGGGGCUGGACCUUGUGGCCUUCGCACAGCCAUCGACCUGUCAUUCCUAGGAGCCAAGGUGGUGGUCAUAGAAAAGAGGGAUGCCUUUUCCCGCAAUAAUGUCCUGCACUUGUGGCCAUUCACAAUACAUGACUUGAGGGGUCUUGGCGCCAAGAAGUUUUAUGGCAAAUUCUGUGCAGGAUCCAUAGACCAUAUCAGUAUCCGUCAACUCCAGCUUAUCCUUUUGAAGGUUGCCUUGAUCUUGGGAAUAGAGAUCCAUGUCAAUGUGGAAUUUCAGGGGCUUGUUUACCCUCCAGAGGAUCAGGAAAAUGAAAGAAUAGGUUGGCGUGCAUUGGUCCAUCCAAAAACCCAUCCAGUAUCAGAGUAUGAAUUUGAAGUAAUCAUUGGAGGGGAUGGCAGGAGGAACACCUUAGAAGGGUUUCGCCGAAAAGAGUUCCGUGGUAAACUAGCGAUUGCUAUCACAGCAAACUUCAUCAAUCGCAACACCACAGCUGAAGCCAAAGUAGAAGAGAUCAGUGGUGUGGCGUUCAUAUUCAACCAGAAGUUCUUCCAGGAUCUACGAGAAGCCACAGGCAUUGACUUGGAGAACAUUGUCUACUAUAAAGAUGAUACACACUACUUUGUCAUGACUGCCAAAAAGCAGAGCCUGCUGGAUAAAGGUGUAAUACGGCAUGAUUAUGCUGAUACGGAGUUACUACUCUCUCGGGAGAACGUGGACCAGGAGGCUUUGCUAAACUAUGCCAGAGAAGCAGCUGACUUCUCUACUAAUCAGCAGCUGCCUUCACUAGACUUUGCCAUCAAUCACUACGGGCAGCCAGAUGUGGCAAUGUUUGACUUCACGUGCAUGUACGCAUCAGAGAAUGCAGCUCUGGUGCGAGAGCAGAAUGGCCACCAGCUACUUGUGGCACUGGUUGGGGACAGUCUCUUAGAGCCAUUUUGGCCAAUGGGAACUGGAAUAGCCAGGGGAUUUUUGGCUGCAAUGGACUCUGCUUGGAUGGUACGAAGUUGGUCACUCGGAGCAAGUCCUUUGGAAGUUCUUGCAGAGAGGGAAAGCAUUUAUAGGCUACUGCCUCAGACGACCCCUGAGAAUGUGAGUAAAAACUUCAGCCAUUAUAGCAUUGAUCCAGCCACCCGGUAUCCCAAUAUCAAUGUCAACUUCUUGCGGCCACAGCAGGUACGCCACUUGUAUAAUACAGGAGACUUGAAAGACAUUCACCUGGAAAUAGAGAACUUCGUGAACUCCAGGACACCAAAGCUGACUCGGAAUGAGUCUGUAGCUCGCUCUAGCAAAUUGCUCAAUUGGUGCCAGAGGCAGACAGAUGGGUACGCUGGUGUAAAUGUUACAGAUCUCACGAUGUCAUGGAAAAGUGGCUUAGCUUUGUGUGCCAUUAUCCACAGAUACCGUCCAGACUUAAUAGACUUUGAUUCUUUGGAUGAACACAAUGUGGAGAAGAAUAACCAGCUGGCCUUUGACAUUGCUGAAAAAGAGUUUGGAAUAUCUCCCAUUAUGACUGGAAAGGAAAUGGCAUCUGUUGGUGAACCAGAUAAACUGUCGAUGGUGAUGUACCUCACACAGUUCUAUGAGAUGUUCAAAGACACCAUCCCCUCUAGUGAUAGUGUGGACCUGAAUGCAGAAGAAAAAGCUGCCCUAAUUGCCAGUACCAAAUCUCCUAUCUCUUUUCUCAGUAAACUGGGACAAAGCAUCUCUCGGAAACGUACUCCAAAGGACAAAAAAGAAAAGGAACUGGAUGGUGCAGGAAAGAGGAGGAAAACCAGCCAAUCUGAGGAUGAGGACGUCCCUCGAAGCUACAGAGAAGAAAGACCUACAUUGGUGAGUGCCCUGACGGAGAGGAGAAUUGAUGCUGCCAUUGGGAAUCAGAACAAAGUCAAGUCCAUGGCAACCCAGCUACUGGCCAAGUUUGAGGAGAAUGCACCAGUGCAGUCCUCAACCUUACGAAGACAGGGCUCACUCAAAAAGGAGUUCCCCCAAAACCUGGGAGGCAGUGAUGUCUGUUACUUCUGCCACAAGCGAGUCUACGUGAUGGAGAGGCUGAGUGCUGAAGGCAAGUUCUUCCACCGCAGUUGCUUCAAGUGUGAAUACUGUGCCACCACUCUGCGAUUGUCAUCUUACGCCUAUGAUAUUGAAGAUGGUAAAUUCUACUGUAAGCCUCACUACUGUUACCGACUCUCCGGUUAUGCUCAAAGGAAGAGGCCAGCAGUGUCAGGAAAGGACACCAAAGGACCUCUGCAGGACGCUAUGGCAAGUGAUGGAAGUGGACGGGCAAAUUCCAUCUCCGCCUCAGCAGAGAGGGCCCCAGGUUCUAAUGUAAAUGGGCUGGAAGAGCCCAGCCUUGCUAAGCGGUUGCGUGGCACGCCUGAGCGAAUUGAGCUGGAGAAUUACCGACUGUCACUGCAGCGGGAAGAAGAACUGGAAGAGGUUCCUGAAGAGACGCUAGCAGAGCAUAACCUGAGCAGUGUGUUGGACAAAGGAACAGAAGAGGAUGUGCCCAGCAGUAGUUCAGAGUCUGAGAUGGAGGAGGAAGAUGAAGAUGAAGAUGAACUGCUGCUGCCUCAGCAACCUCCUUCAGACUUGGGUGGUGUGCCAUGGAAAGAGGCUGUGCGCAUCCAUGCCCUCCUGAAGGGAAAGAGUGAAGAAGAGAUUGAGGCUGAGGAGAAUCAUGAGAUUGAGUACAAAGAAGAAGAGGAGGAGGAGGACGAUGAGGAGUAUGAAGAGGAGGAAGAGGAGGAAGAGGAAGAGUCUAGUGAAGCUGGAAACCUUAGGCUGCAGCAGAUUGUAAAUCCGGUUGAUCCUCUGGAGAUCCUGGCAGAUGUGCACUGGACACACAUCCGUGAAAAAGAGGAGGAGGAAAAAAUGGUGCCAACCUCAAAGUCCUCCACCUCCAGAGCUCCAUGUGAGGAUAAUGAUGUGGAGGAUGAGCUGGGCACAGAGCCUGCAGACACAGAAGGGCAGGCAGGUGAAGAGGGAGACACGGGUGCAGAGCUGGAUGACGAUGACAUCCCAUCUGAUGCAGAAGCCGAGUUCCGCUUACAUCAAGGUGACACAGAACAGCCAGGACUAAAAGUCUCUGAAGACGAAGAAGAUGAAGAAGGAGCAGAAGGUACUUCUUGCAGUGCGACAGAAGAUCCAUGCAAGCCACCCAUCCCUAUCCAGUCAGCUAGUGACAAUGUUCUUCCUCUGUCUCCAGCAGAUAGUCCCAAAGCAAAACAAGUAGAGAAUGUAACAGAUCCCCUGGCUGCAGUAUCCUGUGCAAUAAAAUCUCCAGAGGCACGCUUCUUUCCUGAGCCUUUCCUUCUUGAGGAAGGACCAAAAGAUGAAAUUCCCAAAGACAGGAAAGCUAAAAGCCCUUUGGUGCCACUCUCUCCAGUGUUGUCACAGCCAGCUGCAUCACCAGAAGCCAUUGCACCUACAUCUCCAGCAGAAUCUCAGCCAGCAGCACCAACACAGGCUUCAUCCCCAACAUCUUCUCAAACACCUAUCUGUUCCCAGCCUUUGCCUUCUUCUGAAACCUCUAUUCCAUCCCCAGUGGAACCUCCAGUGUGUUUCCAGCCUGUCCCAGCCUUAACGUCUACUCCUCUAGCCAAACUGGUUCUUAGGAGUCAGGAUAGUGAAGUGGAAAAACUGGGGAGCCCUACUACUGCAGAAGAAGCUCUGAAACGUAGUAACCUCGUGGAAGAGUUCUGGAUGAAGAGUGCUGAAAUCCGGAGAAGCUUAGGACUCACCCCAGUAGACAGAAACAAACGCUCAGAGUCAAACUUUACUGUACCUGCCCUUGAGACAACUCCCCUGAAGGCUUUUAAUAGCGAGAGUAUUUCAGGGGAUGAAAGGAUGCAUCUUGUGAAGCCCCAGCCUGCCCCAAGAAGGCAGGGACUGUCCAAGUUAGAAAACGAGCAGAUUUCUCUGCUCACUCCAAAAUCUCCAUCAGAAAAAGAACUGAGGAGUUCCAAUGAAGUAAAGAGAGAUGUAUCCAGCAGUUCAGGACUUGGCCUCCAGGAGAGCUCAUCUAACAUGAGAACUUUGGCUAGCCAGAGCUUCAACACUUCUGACUCUACCAUGCUUACUCCUCCAUCAAGUCCACCACCACCACCUCCUCAAAAUGAAGAACCUGCCACUUUGCGUAGAAAGAGGCAUCAAGCAGUUUGGCAGAAUGAGGCCGAAUCCAAGUCACCUCCAACACCAGCAUCAACGCCUCCUGUUGCCCCAUGCCAUGAGCCAACUUCUGCUGUCAAAGAGUCAACCCAGGCCAAAAAAGAUGACGUGAGGAAGUCUUUUGCAGAGAGUGUGGAUGAGAUUCCAUUUGCUGAUGAUGUAGAGGACACAUAUGAUGACAGGACAGAAGACACAAGCCUUCACGAGAAGUUCUUUACCCCUCCUACGAGUAGGCCAAGGCCAGAGAAACCACUUGUUUUGCCACUGGUCAAAGAAAAUGGUGGUCUGCCCUCAUUGGAAGGAGGGGUUAACCAAAAGAAGAGAGCAUUGCCUGAAAUUUCUGCAGAGGCCAAGGAGCUUGCUGAAGAAAGAAUGAGAGCCAGAGAGAAGUCUGUCAAGAGCCAAGCACUACGUGAUGCCAUGGCUAAACAGUUAUGUAAGAUGAAAGAUAUGGAGAUGGCUGCAGCUGCUGCUGGGUCCACAAGGUCACGAAAGGCAUCUUCUAUGCCUUUGAAGACCAAAGAGUUGUUUUAUGACUCUCCAAAACAUUUGGCCUUGAAAAUAGCAGAGGGGUCCAUGCUUAAGCAUGACGCUGCUAGUGAGAAGUUCUCCACUCCUGCUGCUGACGUGGCUGGACCUGAAGGUUCUGUCACCUCUUCAGAGGGCUCCAGUGGGAAGAGUAAGAAAAGAACUUCUCUUUUCUCCCCUCGUAAGAACAAAAAGGAGAAGAAAUCCAAAAAUGACAGCAGGCUUUCUGACAAAUCUAGUGGUGGGACAGAGGAAACAACAAAAUCCAGGUCUUUAUGGAAGUCUGUUUUCUCUGGGUAUAAGAAAGACAAGAAGAAAAAGGCUGAUGACAAAUCCUGCCCAAGUACUCCCUCAAGUAGUGCUACUGUGGAUUCUGGCAAGCACAAAGCUUCUCCAUUGGUUACAGCUGCAGAUUUGCAGCUCCGUCGGCACCUGAGUUUUUCGGAGGACUCUGACCUCUCCAGUGACGAUGUUCUGGAACGCUCCUCCCAGAAAUCCAAGCGAGAGAGAGCCUACACAGAAGAAGAGCUGAAUGCUAAGCUGACUCGGCGAGUACAGAAAGCUGCUCGCAGACAAGCCAAGCAAGAAGAGCUAAAGAGGUUACAUAGAGCUCAGAUCAUCCAGCGGCAGCUUGAACAAGUAGAAGAGAAGCAGAGACAACUGGAGGAGAGAGGGGUUGCUGUGGAGAAGGCCCUUCGGGGAGAAGCAGGCAUGGGAAAGAAGGAUGAUCCCAAGUUGAUGCAGGAGUGGUUCAAGCUGGUGCAGGAAAAGAACGCCUUGGUUCGCUACGAGUCCGAACUGAUGAUAUUUGCUCGGGAGCUAGAGCUAGAAGACAGGCAGAGUCGAUUACAGCAGGAACUCCGGGAGAGGAUGGCAGUGGAAGAUCAUCUAAAGACAGAUGAGGAGCUCUCAGAGGAGAAGAGGAUCCUGAACGAGAUGCUAGAAGUAGUGGAGCAGAGAGAUUCUCUCGUGGCUCUCCUCGAGGAACAACGGCUUCGAGAAAAAGAGGAAGACAAGGACCUGGAGGCAGUCAUGCUCUCCAAAGGUUUUAGCUUGAACUGGUCCUGAGCUUGACACAUUUACCUCUGCUGGUCUGCGUUGUCCGGUUGGCCUACCCUGAAUUCGCCAGAAUUACAUGGAUAGGAAGAUGCUGAAGGGGAAAUCUCCAAAGGGUCUGCCAGCAUGCAGUGAUUCAGUUUGAAGCACUCAGAAGCCUUUUGAUAAGUGUGUUGGUUCCAGAAGCUUAAGUUUUACAUGUCUACAAGCCAAGUUGAAGAUAAUGAGUUGAGUUUGUGGAGUCUCCUCGAGGGUCCUAUACGAUGGGCCUCAUUUUUUUUUGUGUGGUAGGAGGGAGAGGAAUAAUCCAUGUGUGGGGAAGGAGGUUAAGGGAAGAAGUACCCUUAACUAAUCUGGAUUUAUGGCAGUCCAUUCCUUUCCCAUUUUUACUACACCAGUUCUAAUAAAAGGGAGGGAAGUGGCAACCCUCUCUGGAAAACCACAGCAGCCUGUAGCAGCCUGUGUGGUGGAGUCAACUAUCCAGAAGAGCUCCAGAAGCCCAGGGCAGUACCUUCUUUGCUUUAGUCUUCCUCCCCACCAAAGAAACCUGCAGUUGGCCACGAUGCAUGGAUAUGAGGAAAUACGAGACAGAGAAGACACUACUAGCAUUUGUGAUGGAACUCUCUGCCUCCCGGUUUUUAAAGAGAUUUGGGCAUCAGAGGACUCGCUCCCUAUCAUAGUCUCCUAAAUCUUUAUUGUUGGGGAAGAAAGGGGAGAAGAAGAGGGAGGGAAGAUGCCCUUCUGCUUUGCUACACACUGGAGAGACAGCUACUGCUGGCCUUAGUCUUCGUGGCCACGGCUCAGAGGCUGUUGGGCUUCUUUGUUCUGUUUUUGUUGCGACUGUUUUGACACUGGAAAAUACGGACUGUGGGACAGUGGUAACUGUGUGCUGGGGCAGGGGUGUUACCAAGCAGCAUUCCCUGGCUGUUAGGCCCCUAAAAGGGAGAAGCCCUUAAGUGACUGAAACCACCAUUAAGACUUUUCAGUGUUUUUAUUUUUUCCUCUGUAUUUUGUUUUUGCACAUUGGAAACGAAGCUUAAGUCCUGCCUGGGCCCUCAGUCACUUUGACCCUUUUAUGUCAAUUAACUUAUUUUUUUAAUACUUGAAAGAAGAUUCAUUUUUGUAUCUUUUAGGAAAAAAAAUGGACGAGUGAUGGUUGUGUGUGCCUGCUGCAUCCUACAACUUCCACUUCGAAAUUACUGGAUGUUGUUACCUGUGGCUAUUUAUUAGUGUUCUUAUUAAUAAUUUUAAUGUUACACAUAUUUGAGUGUGGAGGGAGUGUUUUAACUCUGUUAGAGGAAGACACUACAGUGGAUUGUUCCCGGCUUCACAGCAAGGGCAGCCUUUGUGGACCCCAUGGAUGUAUCCUGCCCUAGCAGAUUUCCUUUAUGACAAAAUCCUGCGCUCUCAUGGAGUUGUAAGAAUCUAUUUUGUGCUCCUAGCAUACUUUUCUUCUGCAUCCCAGAAUCCCUCUGUUGGACUAAUAAACCUAUAAUUUAUUUAAAUUUUUAUAACGAGAAAGCCAAAAACGUGAGGUAGAAAUAUCCCAUAGAUCUCUUUCUCACUGAAAGAUGGGACCCUCACACUCUUGAGAUACAGCUAGAGGGACUUCCAUGAAACAAAAAUAGCACAUUUCCUGCUGCAGCUGUUGGAAGAAGCUCCUUUUGGCUCAGCUAGCGAAGCUGCUGCUUUUAAGCCAUGAGGGUACUCAUUGUAACCGUACAUUAAGUAACGAGCAGGACAUGCACUGAGCAGUUCAGUACCAUCCACUGUUUUACAGCUUCUCAGAGCACACUACAUCCUUAACUUGUUGCACAGAGGUGAAAUAGCACUGUGUGUUGGCUCUGUGUCCCAUCCUUAACGUGAUGUGUUAAGAGGUUGUUCUUUGUGUUUUGAGGUUUGUUUAUUUUUUUGGUUUAUUUACCCUUAAGUUGUUGCCUAUUCUCUUUUCUUUAAAAAAAAAAAAAAUGUACUAAGCCUGCUCACCAGUGUCUUUGCGGAAAUGUCCCAUUCCCAAGCGUAUUCACACAGCAUGCUGGCUCUUUCAGCUUGAAUAUACGCUGUUGGUGCAAGAUACCCCAGCAGGGCUGAACAUCCUGUAAUCUUUUGUCUCGGGAUAGAAGUUAUCAAGGUUUCUUGCUGUUGACUCUCUACUUUCUUCAGAGAGGUCUUCUGUAAGCCAGCGUCUACAACCUGAAUUCACCUCUGACUGACGAGCAUAUCUCAGGCCAAGCAAGAAUGGGUCGGACUGCCUCCAGGGUCUCUGAGCAGGGCUGGCCGUUAGCUGUGGAAACGUAUUUUAUCACCUCAGGAGUUUCCCCUUUGCCCCCUCUACUGUUUUCUACUAAGGCCUUACAAAUUAAACCCAAAUGCUCAUGAAACAAAGCAGAUAGGCAGCUGCACUGCUAAGGUUAACUAGGCGUGCUAGAAUGUGGUGCCUGCUCUACCGGCAUCACGGGACAAAACUCUUCAGGAGUGCUGGCCUGCCAGCGGGAUGGCCAGCAAACAGUUGUCCCUCUUUGUCAGUGCAGAGGCCAGCAGUGGAAGCCACAUUGGUAAUGGGAGUUUACGGUCUGCUUUUGAGGGGCCAGUGGAAACUGGAGAGGGAAGAAAGAGGGAAAUGAGAUAGUUUACAAUAAACUGUCUUGCACAGAGAAUUGGCCUCAGUCCAUUUUAUAGUGCAUUAUGUAUAAGGACCACAUCUAACUUUUAACAAAAGAUCACUGAAUGUGAGCUGUAGAGCAGAAAGAAAUCCUAAAGAAGAAAUACCAGAUUACUGCUUUUCCCUUUUCAUGCUGGAGGACACUGACUAGAUUUUUGCAGUGCCUAAGAGUGAUAUCACUUGAGGGUGUAAUGCUCUCCUGCAGGGGAAGACCACCUUUUCUAAAACUGAACUCUUUAGGUUAUGCUAAAGUCCUCCAGCACUGAGAAUAAAAAUGAAAACCUAACAUUGCACACACAAAUUAAUUGAAAAUACAUGAAAGGGAAUCUUAAAAGGCCUUUUUAUAUCAAAUGGUUGUAAAAGGCACAACUUGUAUUUGCUGUUCAGUUGCACUUUAAGAAUAUAACUUGCAUAUCAGAUACUGGGUUUUUUACUAUCUGAAUAUUUUUAAUUCAAAUUUUAUAUUUUUAAAGCUGAAGAAGGCUCUUGUGACCACAAGAUUCCUUAUUUGUAUCAGAAUCCAAGUCGGAUGUUCUAGCUCCUCGUGCUAUCCACGUGGGCAGCAGCACGUGACUCAGCCAUGUGCACGCAGUGAUGUGCAUCCGUGUUGUGUAUGAGGGAAGAGAAGAGGCCCACAGCUUCGAGCAGGGAGCACGAAGGGGUAUCAGCCUGCAUGCCCUGAUGUGGCGGGGUCCCGGUCCAUACCAGGGCCUGGGCCCUUCCUCCAUGCAGGAGGAGGAGAGCUGAGCUUGGAACCUAACCUGCGUUUGGUUUUAAAUGGGCACGCUGAGGAGGGGGCAAGCACUUCAGUCCCCUAAGGGGAAGGAAAGGGAUAAAGGGAGGGGAUACCUCCUGGAAACACUCGGGAGGCAAAUGGGGAUGGGGGAGUGAGGACUGCCAAAACAACCAAUCUGCUGUUUUCACAGUACUUUUUUUUUUUAAACUGUUCUGUUCCUUUUAUCAUCUUUUCAUUAAAACUCACAAAUGGCUGUAAGAUCCUGAGCUUCAGAGAACUAUGCAUGGGGAGAUGAGAAGUAUCUUCCAGCUCCAACUUUCAGUUAACCAAAACCCCAUGGUCUCGCUAGGGCACGUUACAAACCACAUUGCUGAACAUAUUUUAGAGCAAACUGCAAGUUUUAAAAGUCCGUCUUACUCUCUAUCUGUCUCUGCAUUUUAUGUAAAUAUUUGUUUGUAUGUACAGACACCAGUGGGUCCUUGGGUUACCCCUGCGGUCAAGAACCUGAGUUUUGUGCAAAGCCUAGGCCUCUGUUAGAACAACACAGUGCUUGCAUAGACCUAGUCACCACAUUUGUGCGCACUCUGGUGGUUUUUAAUAUUUUUAUACAUCCUAAUCCUGAACUUUAUGAAGUAUUAUAAGUGUUCUAGACUGCAUGAUCUAGAGCAGCCAGCAGUUCCAUUUUCUUAGCAGCUAUUCCUAAAAUGUUCACAGCUACACCUUGUUUGGUUAACAUUCUUUUAAAAUGAGUUUUCAAUUAAAUGUUUACACCAAGCACCAGUGGAUGAGAAAGGUGUUGCAUUAUAAAAUCUCCUGUGUACAAAUUGAAAAGCCACCAUAUGGCUGUAUGGGAAUCUAAAUCAUCACUGUCUGCAAUAAAGAGAACUCUUAAAGCGUACUAAAAACCAGCCUGUAUAUAGUUGACAGAGAGAGAUUGCUUGCUCUUGACUAUUGCAAAAUAACCGAGAUUAGAAGCUUUCCAAAAGCCUCCACUUUUGAAUUGCUCCUGAGUACUGCUGUAGGCAGGGUAGUGGGCAGACGAGGAUGUCACUGAAAGUAGAUGUGAAGGGGAGGAUGCCAAGUUGUGAUGGCAUUGCAGUAAUUUAAAUACUCUCUGUAUCUGUGCGUGCAUGCGUGUGUGUGUGUGUGUAAAGUCUAUUCCAGGUGAAGGGAUCUGCUUUGGCAUCUUCCCUUUUGAAUGAAAGUAAACUCUGAUAUUCAGAUUGGUUAAGGCUUUUAUGGUUGGCAUUUAUGGAUUGUUAACAGAAAAGCGUAUACCCUACCUGUAAAAAAACAACAAAAAACAAAAAAAAAAAAAAAACAACAAAAAAAACCCUCUCUGUUCCAGCCUGUUUUCUCCUGUUUGGUUGUGUUUCAUCAUUUGUUUUUAUGCACACUUGCUUCGUUGGUGUUGAGAUUUUAGCACCUCAGAUGGCCAACUGAACUAAAAAAAAAAAAAUAAAGUCAUUAAUUAUUUUUUCUUUUUG